AUGAAGAAAAAUCAAUUCGGACUUUUGGAAGAUCUAACAGAGCCAGGACUCAUUAAAAAAAGUAAUGAUGUAUCAUGGAAGAGUGACUAAAUUUAUAAAUAAACAAAUUUUGAAAAAAAUACUGCUUAUUUCCACAUUAUGGGUCAUGAAGAAUCUCAUGCGGUCAGAAGAAGAGAAAUAUUGAAAAAGCAUCCAGAAAUAUAAGUGUUAUUUGGAAAUGACAUCAAUUCAGCUUGGUUAGGAAUUACAUUUGUGUUAGUGCAAUUCAGCUUCAUUAGUCUUUUCAACUAGCUCAGUUUAUUUUGGUUUGUGAUAACUGCUUAUGUUUUUGGUGCAACAUUGAGUCAUGCACUCCAUGUUUUGGUACAUGAUUUUACACAUUUUACAUGUUUUGAAAGCUUAGCACUUAAUAAAUUGAUGGCGAUCUGGGCAAACUUUGGAUAAGGAGUUCCCUCAGCUAUCACUUUUGGCAGAUAUCAUGCAGAUCAUCAUACCUUCUUAAAUUUGGAAACUCUAGACCCAGAUCUCCCAUCUAGAUUAGAAUUAAAGUAUAUAAAAGGGCCAGUAAUGAAAUUUUUGUUUGUGGCUUGCCUACCCUUAUUUUAUGCAUUAAGACCUGUGAUUUUGAGACCACUCAAGCCAAAUGCUUAUGAAGUAAUUAAUGCAGUUUCUGUCUUAUUCGUGGACUAUUUGAUAGUUCAAUAUAUAGGAGUAUAAGGACUACUAUGGCUUUUACUAUCUACUUAUUUUGGGUUGAGUGUUCAUCCUUUUGCUGCUCACCUGAUAGCAGAACAUUAUGAGUUUGUUAAUAGAAUGGAAACAUAUGAUUAUAUUGGUUGGGCUAAUUUCUUUGUUCUUAAUAUUGGAUAUCACACUGAACAUCAUGAUUUUCCUAUGAUUCCCUGGACUAGGUUACCAUUUCUAAGAAAAAUGGUUCCAGAAUACUAUGAGAAUCUUCCAUGCCAUACAAAUUAUGUGCAUACAUUAUUUGCCUAUAUUUUUGAUGGAUAUAUAGGACCCUUUUCUAGGAUUGUUAGAUCUUCGCCUAUAUAUUUCAAAUAAUGA